CUUGUAUGUUAUUCUGUGGCUAUUCAGACAGCUGUCAGGGGUGUGACAUACAGGACAAAGGCUGACUGUUAAACAUACACUACGUUUCUACCAACCUUCCAUUUUCCUUUUCUGUCCGUCAUGGCGUUAACUGCAUUUUACGAUAUUCUUGAUUUGAAAGGACUGUUACUCCUUGUGGUUGUUUUUCUUGUGGUGGCAGACUAUUUAAAGCACAGAAACCCACCUAACUAUCCACCCAGUCCAUUCUCUCUUCCACUGCUGGGAAAUAUCUUUAACAUUGACUCCAAAAGCCCACACAUAUACCUGACAAAGCUUGGCCAUGCUUACAAUAAUAUCUUCAGUCUGCGAUUUGGAAGAGACAAAGUGGUGUGUAUCACUGGUUAUAAAAUGAUAAAGGAAGCCCUGGUGACUCAAGCUCAAAACUUUGUGGAUCGACCCUACAGUCCAUUGCAGGAUAGAGUGUGCUCUGGCAACGCUGGAAUCUUCUUCAGUAAUGGUGAAAUGUGGAAGAAGCAACGACGUUUUACUCUGUCAACACUGAGAAACUUUGGAUUGGGAAAGAAAACCAUGGAGGUGGCCAUCUGUGAAGAGUGCAGCUUCCUACUGGAUGAGAUGGACAGACAAAAGGGAGCUGCUUUAAACCCAACUAUUCUGUUAAAUAAUGCUGUUUCCAAUAUCAUCUGUCAAAUGGUGUUCGGCCAGAGAUUUGAUUAUACCGACCACCGAUUCAAGAUUAUGCUGAAAUAUAUUGCUAAAAGUAUUCAAUUAGAAGGAUCCGUAUGGGCACAGCUCUAUGAAGCAUUUCCAGCUAUUAUGAAGCAUCUUCCAGGUCCGCACAAUGAAAUAUUCAGUAACUACGAAUUAUUGUGUGACUUCAUAAGAGAGGCUGUUGACAAACAUAAGGCUGACCUGAACCCAUCAGAGCCGCGUGACUACAUCGACAGCUUCCUUAUCGAGGCGAUGGGGAAACCACACAAUUCAACAGAUGGUUUUGAUGAACAGAAUCUGGUUAUGUGUGUUCUGGAUCUGUUUUUGGCUGGGACUGAAACUACAUCCACCACAUUAUGCUGGGGUCUCAUUUAUCUCAUCACCAACCCAGACGUACAGGAGAAGGUCCAGGAAGAGAUAGACAGAGUGAUUGGACACACACGGUUACCAAGUGUAGCUGACAGAGCCAACAUGCCUUACACUGAUGCUGUUAUCCAUGAGAUCCAAAGAUUAGGAGACAUUGUACCACUGAAUGGCUUGCGGAAGGCAGAUAAAGACACAAACCUCGGAAAUUGUUUUAUUCCAAAGGGAACAGCAUUGUUACCCAUACUGCACUCUGUUCUCUUUGAUGAGAGUGAAUGGGAGACACCCUACAAGUUCAACCCUGGACACUUUUUAGAUAAAGAGGGCAAGUUUGUGAGACGAGAGGCAUUCAUGCCUUUCUCUGCAGGAAAGAGGGUCUGUCUUGGGGAGCAGCUUGCUAGAAUGGAACUUUUCCUGUUUUUAGUGAGUCUGUUCAGAAAAUUUCGAUUUACUACAGUGGAGGGUGAAAAACUCAAUUUCGAUGGAGUCAUAGGAAUUACACGCACCCCUCACCCUUUUAAGAUCCAUGCAACAGCACGUUGAAAAGUCAUAUUCACUAAAAUACAUGCACAAGUUGUUUUCUCCAGUUAUCAUGGGUAUCAUACAGCAUUAUCAGUUUAUUUUUCAUUUUUUCAGUUUAUUAAAAGAUAAUUAUUUACAUAAUAAAACAAACAAUAAAUAAAACCACUAUGUAAAAGCGAGAAAUUUGGAGAAAUUUACUGAAGUAAGACCUAACGGCAAAUGUAUCUAUUAUUGAAAUUGGUAACAUUUUACUUGAAGGGGUGUUCAUAAGACUGACAUUACAACUUUAUAAUCAUGACAUGACAUGCUUCGCGUCGUGCCUAACAACGCCUCUUAGCUGUUAUAAAAUGCACUGGUAACCCACUGCUUUUUGGGGCUUAUUGCUUUAUUAUGAGCUGAAGAAUAUUCAUGACGCUGUUAUAAAAUUAUUUGACAAAGUAUUAACACUUAAUGAGAUUUUAAUGACAAAUUCAAUUUGUAUCACUGGUAAAAAUUGUGUUGUCUUGGUAAUGUCAAGUUGUCAUGACAAAGACAUCUCAAACAAUGUCAUCUUUGCAUUAAAAAUGACAUAAUUGAACUAAUGACACUUAAUGACAGUUGUCAUAAACAUGCAAAAAAAUCUGUUUCAUGUUUAUGACACAUGUCAUGUCAUGAUUAUGAAGGUUUCAUGUCAGUCUUAUGAACACCCCUUCAAGUAAAGUGUUACCAAGAAAUGAAUGUAUGUUGUAUGUUCUGUUUUAAGAAUGCAAAACGCAAAAUAUAUUCAGUAUAUCGUUUUGAAACUGCUUAAAGGAAUAUUCCAUUUUCUUAAAAGAAAAAUCCAGAUAAUUUACUCACCACCAUGUCAUCCAAAAUGUCUUUCUUUGUUCAGUCGAGAAGAAAUUAUGUUUUUUGAGGAAAACAUUGCAGGAUUUUUCUCAUUUUAAUGGAAUUUAAUAGAGCCCAACAUUUAAUACUUAACUCAACACUUAACAGUUUUUUUCAAAGUUUCAAAGGUCUAUAAACGAUCCCAAACGAGGCAUAAGGGUCUCAUCUAGCAAAACGAUUGUCAUUUUUGACAAGAAAAAUAAAAAAUAUGCACUUUUAAACCACAACUUGUCGUCUAGAUCCGGUCGUGAUGCGCCAGCGUGACCCCACGCAAUACGUCAUGACGUCAAGAGGUCACAGAGGACGAACGCGAAACUCCGCCCCAGUGUUUACAAGUGUGUUGAAAGAGGACCGUUCCUACGUUGUUGUGUGUCAACUGAUACUAAUUAAUGUCUUUGUGUCAGUUUAUUGUUUACAAUGGUCCGCAAAUGUGCGUUUUAUAUAUGUAACACGUGACCUCCCUACGUCACUACGCAUUUACGUUAGGUCGUGCUGGACCAGACCUAGACGAAAAGUUGUGGUUUAAAAGAGCAUAUUUUUUUAUUUUUCUUGUCAAAAAUGACAAUCGUUUUGCUAGAUAAGACCCUUAUGCCUCGUUUGGGAUCGUUUAUAGUCCUUUGAAACUCCGUUGAAAAAAACUGUUAAGUGUUGAGUUAAGUAUUAAAUGUUGGGCUCUAUUAAAUUCCAUUAAAAUGAGAAAAAUCCUGCAAUGUUUUCCUCAAAAAAACAUAAUUUCUUCUCGACUGAACAAAGAAAGACAUCAACAUUUUGGAUGACAUGAUGGUGAGUAAAUUAUCUGGAUUUUUCUUUUAAGAAAAUGGAAUAUUCCUUUAAGACAGUAGUCUCACAAAAAGAUUGAAAAACUGGCUUAAGAUAUACUGCACACCUCUUGUACUCAGUGGAACAAUUAUAUAACACCAACAAUUUAGCUAAACACAAUAUUAGAAAUGAUUGUUUGGUUUUGUUGGCUGAUUUGAAUGUAUAGGCAAAAUUUUAGAAGUACAUCUUUGAUUUAUGAAUUGCUGGCAUAGUAAAAACAGGUGCAAGUCAAUAAAGAACAUGACAGCUUUAAAUCCUUAGCAUUCCUAAAAAGGACACUAAUUGUACCUGCUGUGUAAUGAUAUCUUAAAAGAGUUUACAUCAUUCGAAUCACAAGAAUCUCAGCUUGCCAAAGGUGACAUGUUUAGCUUUUGUUUUUGGGUUGUUGUAUGUCAUGGAGUUUUCUGUCAAAUAAUUCAGUGUUCCUACCAUAGCACAGGGGUUAAAGAAUAUGCUUUACAUCAUGUUUUGCUGUUGAACAAGUUGUGUGAAAAUGAUGUAACCCAUUUCAUUUUUUUUCUUUAAAAACUAGCACUUAGCAUUAUAAUCAGUACAAUAAAGUUAACCAAUAUUAUUA